CUGUAAUAUUCCAGUCUCUUAACCCCACAUACGUUAAGUUUACGCAUUGCCGUUUCGUCCAGUCAUGGCCAAAUCUGACUCCGUCACUCGUAGCGCUGUCCUUCAUCGCGACACUCGCUUCGUGCCCAAGAAAGCUGUCGGUGGUAAAGGCAGCUACAUCUUCCUUGAGGAUGGAACCAAGUUCCUCGACUCGACGGGCGGUGCGGCCGUAUCUUGUCUAGGCCAUGGCCACGAGGAAGUCAGCCAGGCCGUGAUCAAUCAGAUUAACCAGAUAUCAUACUGCCAUACGGCUUUUUUCGGAACGGAGGCGUCAGAAGAGCUUGCUCGCCUUUUGACCGAGUCCACAGGGGGAAAGCUAUCGAAGCUAUUCGUCGUUAGUUCUGGUUCCGAAGCAGUCGAGGCCGCGUUGAAAUUGGCACGUCAGUAUUUUCUUGAGCUACCAACCCCCCAGCCUCAACGCACCAGAUUCAUUGCCCGGAAGCCGUCAUAUCACGGCGUCACACUCGGUGCAUUAUCCGUCGGUGGACACAUGAUUCGUCGACAGCCUUUUGAGCCACUUCUGUCCAGCAAUACCUCGCAUGUGUCCCCUUGCUAUCCCUACAGAGGGAAGAAAGCGGGAGAAAGCGACGCAGACUAUGUCAACCGACUUGCGGAGGAGCUGGAUGGAGAAUUCCAGCGUGUCGGACCGGAUAAUGUCUGCGCAUUCAUCGCAGAACCGGUUGUCGGUGCUGCCCUCGGCGCCGUCGCCGCCGUGCCCGGCUACUUCCCCGCCAUGAAAGCAAUCUGCGAAAAGUACGGCGCGCUAUUCAUCCUCGACGAAGUCAUGAGUGGAAUGGGUCGUUGUGGAACCCUGCAUGUCUGGGAACAGGAGGGCAUUGUUCCUGACCUUCAGACCAUUGGCAAAGGGCUGGGAGGCGGAUAUGCCCCUGUCUCGGGGCUUCUGAUCGGAGAAAAGGUCGUUGAGGUGAUGGACAGAGGCACAGGCGUAUUCCGACAUGGACAGACAUAUCAAGGACACCCGGUUGCGUGUGCUGCAGCGUUAGCCGUGCAGAAGAUCAUCCAGAGGGACAACUUGCUCGAGAAUGUCAGGAAGAUGGGAGCGUACUUGGAGGAACGGCUGCGGGGAUGUCUAGGAGAUCAUCCUAACGUAGGGGACAUUAGAGGGAGAGGAUUGUUUUGGGGGAUUGAGUUCGUCAAGGAUAGGGAAAGUAAAGAGCCCUUUAGUCCCGAGACAGGAGUGGCGUUUCAAGUUCAGGAGACGGGACUGGAUCCGUCGCAUGGCAUCUCUUUGUAUGCUUCGAAUGGGACUGUGGAUUGCACGAAGGGGGAUCAUGUGCUUCUCGCGCCGCCAUAUAAUGUGACUAAGGAGGAGAUUGAUAUUAUCGUUGACACCGCGGGGAGGGUGAUUGAGGCAGUGUUUGCGAAGGUGAAUGCGGCUUAGGGUGGUUGGAAGAAGAUGGACAAGAAGAGGCUGUAGACAGAAGAUCUGGGUGAGGAGCACAUGACCUACGGCCACUCAGCAAUGGGCUUCCAUAUGAGUAUAGUUUACACAAUUCAUAAGGGAUCAUUGAAAUAGUUUGGAUGGUGCAAGCUAUCUAAGUAUGUCUCUUAUGCCAAUCGGAUUUGAAAUUGGAGUUUAAAAUC